AGACAAGAUAGGCAGGUUUGACUUCAUUCCCAGAGCAUGCUGGGUAACUUUCCCUCUAGUUAUCAGUUAUUUGUGCCAUUCACGAGACGGGAAGGUAACAGCCCCUGUGCCCCCUCUACAUUUCACCCGCAUCCUCCACCAACCUGAUCACCCCAGGGCGUCCACCUACAUCCAGCUACGGAAGCCCAGGCAGACCACCCUUCCUCGGCAAGAUGAAUGUGGUGGAUUUAGACCUGCACAUCACCCAGCCGGACUGGACUCCCACCAUGUUCUCUUUGUAUGAAGACGACAGCAGCAGCAGCACGGGGUCAUCCAGCACCCCAACAUUAAGCUUAAAGGUCAGCGAGAGUGAGGACAACGACCCCGAUGGAGAGGAGAAGUUGUGCUCUGUGUGCGGGGACAAGGCCAAUGGCUACCACUUCCACGUCCUCACCUGUGAAGGCUGCAAAGGGUUUUUCAGGCGUUCGGUCAGCAAAGGGUUACACUUCACUUGCCCCUUCACCCGGACUUGCCCCGUUACCAAAGCCAAGCGGAGGCGCUGCCAGGCCUGCAGGCUACACAAAUGCUUCUCCGUGGGGAUGAGGAAAGACAUGAUAAUGAGUGAGCGAGCACUAGCCGAGCGCCGGGCCCUGAGGAGCAGGAAGAAACAUGAGAGACAGAGCAGGAGGGAGCCGGAGCCAGUCAUGGGGUCACUGACGGAGGAGCAGAUGAAGUUGGUCUCCCUCCUCACUGAGACGCACCUCAAACACUUCGACCCCACUCUCUCCAAGUUCAAGCAUUACCGGCCUCAGCCCAGGGUGCACAUGUUCGUAUACAACAAUUACACCAUCCCCAGCCCAACUGGGUUUCCUACAGACGGCCUCUUCUCUGAUCUGAGUCUUGCGGAAUCCAAUCACAAAGACUUGGCUGAUCCCCAGCUGAUCUUCAGCAGUUCUACGGACGGCGAUUUGCCCCAUUUUGCUGAUCUCAGCACGUACAUGAUCCAGCAGGUCAUCCAGUUUGCCAAGGAGAUUCCAGCUUUCCGGGCACUUCCUAUCGAGGAUCAGAUCUCACUUCUUAAAGGAUCGUCCAUGGAGGUCGCCCAUGUUCAGUUCAACCGGGUCUACAACACAGAGACCAAUCUCUUUGAGUGUGGAAAACAUAAAUUCAGCAUAAGGGAUGGUGUUAUAACCGGAUUCCAAGAGAUGUACCUGGAACCGAUGAUGAAAUUUCAACUCAUGUUGAAGAAACUGAAUCUUCAUGAGGCCGAAUAUGCCUUGAUAGAAGCCCUUUGCCUCUUUGCUCCUGACCGGCCAGGUGUGGUUGAACAUGAUAUUAUUGACGAGAUGCAGGAGAACUUGGCUUUAACGUUGAAAUGCUACAUGGAUCUCCACCACCCACCUCCAGAGGGCAGGUUCCUCUACCCUAAACUCCUCUCCUUGUUGACUGAACUUCGCACUUUAAAUGAGGAGUACACGCGUCAGAUCCUUCACAUUCAGGAUAUAUCUUCUGAAAACGUCACCCCUCUGAUGAAAGAGAUUUUAUUCUAAAAUUUGCAGCCUCCCAACCAAUAAACACGAUUGGGAGGUAACUUUAACAAUCAUGAGACUGUGUGUGUGUGGGGGGGAAAUAGUCUCUACAGACGUACAAGAUGUCUACAGACGCACAAGAAGUGGUGGAUCCCGUUAAAGCUGGAUAAUCAACAUUGAGGCUUUAUUUGAAGCACUGGUCCUACUCAAUCCCGUAUCCUCGUAAAGGACCUGUGAAUGGUGAUUCCAAGUGGACCUUUACUUUGCACUUACUAAGCCUUCCAUGGCCCUCCAUGGCUUGCCAUCUUCUUUUAUAUUCAUCACCACUACUACACAAUAUCAAUGAAGGAGCUCUCUUAUGGGAUCCAACAUGCUAAACCCCAGUGUCACUUUAAUGUGACUCAAUAGCAGCCAAUAACCUGUAAGGAAGCCUACUCAAAAGCUGAUGCUGUUUCUCCUUACCCAACAACCAGAGACUGUGCAACAUUGCCAGAAUAUAAACUAAUGUGUUCAUGUUGCCUUAAGUUUUCACCCUUAUGAAGUCCAGAUCAGCCUUAUUUGGUAAUGUCUGCACCAAUUAUGGUCACCCAACUAUUUUUGUAUGAUUUUUUUUACUGCAGUGCCACUUUAAUAGAAAAUACGUUCUUCAGGAUGUUUUCGAUGUAGAUAAAAACGGGGUGAUGGCCCACCAUGGUGGACUAUUAUCUUCAUAUAACAUUUUUAACCAAGAUCCCAAAAAUAAAAACCUUGGCUUGUCCACCUGGAAAUCAAACCUACUGAACUUCUGCAAUGGGGAGCUGCAGACUAGGUUACAUGAUCAAGGUGGAAUGCUUGAUGGUUCAUCUCGAAAGCAGAAGAACCCUGCUAAGACCAGCAUAGAGUAAGCCUUAAGUAGCAAGAAAAUACCUUUGCUGAGUCAGCCAUGAAAGUACUUAAUAAUAAAAAUGUUCUUGGAAUAA